AUGCAUCAACAUCAUCAGCACCAGCACCAUGAGAUGAAGCGACAAGACGGUCAGGGAUCAACGGUGGUGGAGUAUGUCUACCAGACUGCUGCUAAGACGUUUGAUGGGCCUGUCGGCGGCUACAUCACGGCUGCAGCUACGCCUGACGAUUCCUCGAGCUCUGAUAACUCCAAUUCGAAUAACAACAAAAACAACAACGACAAUAAUGCGGCUGUGGUAUCUCCUACUACAACUAUACCUACGCCGACUCCUUCCCCGACUCCUACGCCGACUCCUACCCCGACUCCUACCCCGGUCCAGGUACACGAUACAGAUACGGAUACCAGCACAAGCUCGACCACGAGCACAACAUCCACUUCCAAUUCUUCGACCUCCUCGACCUCUACCACCAGCAGUACUAUCAAGAAGGAAGUCGUGCAGCCAACCUCCUCCUCCACGGCAUCCUCUUCAGCCUCUUCACUGUCAACGUCGUCUAGCUCCUCUUUCAUCGAAGCUACCUCAAGCUCAGCCAAACCAACCUCCACCGCUGGAUCCGACUCAUCCAAUGGAGGUGGCAUGUCGAGCGGCGCAAAGGCUGGCUUGGCAAUUGGCAUCCUCCUAGCAGUCGCGCUUCUGUUGGGACUAUUAUUCUUCUGCUUUCGCCGCAGGAGAAAGCAUGCCAAUAGCGACUACACAAAGGCCGACGAUGAGAAAGCGGCCUACAUGGAAGGAUUGAAACGUUCGCAAAGCGUAGCGUCUACGAGGACUACUGCUACUGCACCACGGUUGAGCCUGAGACCAAUAACGCAGUUCAUGCCUGACAUGGCAGCCCGUGGAAAGGCCAUGAACGGUGCUACCCCAGCUGCGGCUUUGGGUGCAGUCGGAGGUGCAGGUGUGGGGGCAGCAGCCUCGAGAAGUCACAACGACCCGGAGAAUCCAUUUGGAAAUCAUGCGGAGAUUCCGCGGAAGUCUCAAGGUUCAUCUGAGAAGGAAGUGGGACUGCCAAUUCAGAACAACGCAGCUGAGAACCCUUUUGGCAACAAUGCGGAAGUCCUACCACAAACCGACUUCGGUACGCGCUCGAUGCCCAAUGACGCUAUUCCAGCUCCUCUUCGAAUCCGAACCCCGACUCCUGAGGCAGGUGCUGUUGCAGGAGGAGCCGUCGCUGGUGCUGCCGGAGGUCUCGCUGCUGCCCAAAUUGCCGAGCGUCACAAUGCUCCAAAGCCUCUCAACCUCACUCCCAAACGUUCAGUCUCUCCCGCAGCGUCAAGCCCUGCUGCCUCCGAGUUCAGUCAAACAUCAGUGCCAGCAGCAGCUAUGGUCAAUGGCCCUGCUCCAAGCAAUGUUCACCGCAUCCAACUUGACUUCAAGCCUUCCAUGGACGACGAAUUGGGUCUUCGUGCUGGUCAGCUUGUUAGACUUUUGCACGAGUAUGAUGACGGCUGGGCUCUCUGCAUUCGUCUGGACCGCUCUCAACAAGGCGUCGCUCCUCGCACUUGUCUCUCGGCUCGUCCUGUUAAGCCUCGCCCCCCACCAGGUUCACGUGGAGCAGGCCCGCGAGGGCCUCCACCAGGAAUGAUUGGUCCUGGCCAGCAACGUCCCCAGUCGCCAGCCAGUGGCCGUGGCUCGCCAAACCCUCACAGCCAAGGCCGAGCCCCCAGACCCUACAAUGCCGGCAGCCAACAGCGCUCAAUGUCGCCUGGACCUUACGGUGGGGGCCCUCAGCGCCCUGCCAAAAUCCCGACCCCCGGUAGCAAGCGACGGAGUAAUUCUGUCAGUGAGGUCAGCAGCCGAAGGAAUAGCCCGCCGGGUCCAAGCGGUUUGAACCCUAAUGUGCAAAGGGUGCCAAUGCAGCUGCAAACCCUGACUUCGGCCGACCAAGCUUUGACCCAGUCACCACCGCAGAGCAUGAUGGCUCGGAAACCAGUCCCAGGGCAAGCAAUGUGA